AGCUAUUUAAACUUCAAGUUGACGUGAACUUUUGACGCCUUCAAAAUGGUGGCGCCAAAGCAGGGUGGCCUCUUCAAAGUAGAGGGUGGUGUGCUCGAUCAUGCAUCAAAGCCCCCUCUGUCCAAGACUGAGAUCAACCUGCACCGCUUGCUGAAGAGCUGCGAGCGGCAGGCGGCAGAGUUGGACGAUGCGAUUCUGAGGCAGGACCUUCGGUUUGCAAACUAUGUCGCUGUCGCGCGCGACCUGCUGAGCGAGCUGCAAGGGAGAGAGAUUCACAACUCUUUGCCUAGCAUCUCUGCUAGCAGAGCAGAAGAGUACGAGAAGCGCAUUGGCACUCUGGAGAAGCGAGUAGAUGAACAAACACGGCAGGCGACGACAGCAAGAAACGAGGCUGGCUCGGAUGGGGCAAGUGGCACCAAUCACCAGCCGCCAAGUGGCGGAGGGGAACCUCCUCAGUCCAGUCAGAGGGAUCCCCCUCCAACUUCGACGAACGCAGCGGAGCCACAGCUGCGCCAACGGAGUGGGAAAUCUCGUCAAACGGAGCUCCUAGCAACCAAGGCUCACCAGAGCGGGGGCAAACUGGAUCAGGACGUCAGCCGAGUCUUGGAUCAGCAUCGCCAGUUGCAAGAGGGUCUGACGGACGAGAUGGUUGAGCUUGCGAGGGCUAUCAAGAACAACAGUCUCGCCAUGGAGCAAAGCAUGAAAGAGACCGGCAAGGUACUUGAUGCAACGGAGCGUGCGGUCGAGCAUAGCAUUGCAACCACGAGCCAUGUCAACACACGAGCAUCGAAGAUAUAUUCAGCAACUUUUCGGACCGGGUGUUUUACUUGGCUUGUGCUCCUAGCCGUGUCUGCCAUCUUCUUUGGGAUGGUAUUUUUGAUCAGGAUUACUUGACAUUGGGGAGGUUGUUGUGGCGCUUUUCGCUGCAAUGGUCCUUUGAAGUGUCACGAAUUCGUAGGGACGAACAAUAUGUUUAAGGUGCAUGUUCAAUUUACUGCCAGCUCGUCUACAGGAAUCUCGGUCGGUACAGAUUUCAGCAGGUUGGACCGCCUCUAUUAUCCAGGAAUUGUGGUGUUACUGCCUCACUCAAGCCUGCUGAAUUCCGUAAAGGGUGUAAGCAGUAUGUUCGAUUCAGAAAUGUAAUCAUGUAUAGGUAUGCUCGGACCUUGUUACGUCAGACCUUGUCCAGUGCAUGAAUGCCAAUCUUGGAAGUCAAGUACCU